UUGUAGACUCCGCCUCUUCUUCACUUUAUAAGUAUCAGUUUCCACUGACACAAUCCUAAACUAUUCUCUCCUUUCUUCUUCCUCUUCCUUCAAGGUGUUCAAACGAUGUCGGCUGUUUUUGAAUCGGAGACUUCGACCUUUCAUGUGUACAACCAUGAACUCCCGCAAGCGUUUAUGCAAGAACCUGUUGAGGAGGCUCCGGUCGGGAGACAGAACUCGAUCUUGUCGCUAACUCUUGACGAGAUUCAGAUGAAAAGUGGUAAGAGCUUUGGUGCUAUGAACAUGGAUGAGUUCUUAGCGAACUUGUGGACGACCGUUGAAGAGAACGACAACAACAACGGAGGAGGAAGUGUGGUUCACCAUGAGGGAGAGAAGCCUACGGUGUUGCCACGGCAAGGUUCGUUGUCUCUUCCCGUGCCUUUGUGCAAGAAAACUGUUGAUGAGGUUUGGCUUGAGAUACAAAACGGUGUGCAACAGCAUCCGCCGUCGUCAGCUUCCCGACAGAACUCCGACGAGGAUAUCCGCCGGCAACAAACACUUGGUGAGAUCACUCUUGAGGACUUUCUUGUUAAGGCUGGUGUUGUGCAAGAACCAUUGAAGACAACGAUGAGGAUGUCUAGUUCUGACUUUGGUUAUAAUAAUAACCCGGAGUUUGGAUCCGGAGUCGGUUUACAAUGUCAGAACCAAAACAAUUUUGGUGAUAACCGGUCGGUUUAUAGUGAGAACCGACAGUAUUAUCCGGUUUUGGGAGAUUCUGCAAGCUGUAUGACCGGGAAUGGUAGGGGUAAUAACCAGUAUAUGACCGGUGUAGAUUCUUUCCGGAUCAAGAAACGGAUCCUUGACGGUCCACCGGAGAUUUUGAUGGAGCGGAGACAACGACGGAUGAUCAAAAACCGCGAAUCGGCUGCUCGAUCUCGUGCCCGGAGACAAGCAUAUACUGUGGAAUUGGAGUUGGAACUGAACAACCUCACUGAAGAGAACACUAAGCUGAAGAAAACUGUGGAGGAUAAUGAGAAGAAGAGAAGACAAGAGAUAAUAAAUAGAAGCAAACAAGUGACAAAAGAGAAGAGUGGAGACAAACUGAGAAAGAUUCGGAGGAUGGCUAGUGCAGGGUGGUAGAUAUAUUAAGAGAGAGGCAUAUGAGAGAGUUUGUGUAAUUUGCAUAUAAUAUUUAUAUAUUUGGUCACUUUAUUAUAUAUCUAUACAACAUAUAUAAAAUAAAUAUUUAUAUCUCUAUAUUUUAUGUUGAGAUAAAAUUUGGGGUUUGUAUAUAAGGAUCAUGUCGUUUCAUAUAUUAUACUCAUAAGUCAUAUAACGUAUCUCCGGGAUGGCCAUGUGUGUUGUUUGCGUCUUUGUCUCGUAUUCUAAAAUUGCAUUUGUAAUCUUUGUAAUUGGAUCCUUUGAUCAUGUAUUGUAAUGUGAGUGUGGAUAAAAAAUAAAAUUUGAAGAGACUACAUUGUGUUUUUGUAAAA